AUGGACAACAAAAAACACAGCAGUCCAUACACGAAGACGCCUAAUAAAAUGAACAACGAUAACAACAGUUUCAAGUCCUUUUAUAAUUUAUUAACUUCUCCCUUCAAGCAAUCCCAGCAAUCCCAGCAGUCCCAGCAGCCCCAGCAAUCAGAUCAGCCUAUGGAAAUAGAGGAACUCAAUAGAGACAACACAGAGGACCUCAUCGAUUGGAGGCAGCCAGACUCACUCUCGCAAUCGACUCAGCAGACUAACGAACUACUCGCGUCUUUCUUCAAGGAUAAAGGUAACCGUUCACUUAGCUCAGAGGAGGCCGUAGAAUGCUUCAAACUUAUCGGCAGUUCAAUCAAGCAGCCUGAACACUCUGAUAAUAUCCCUUCCGUCGCCUUAUUCUCACCUGGCACAUCAACUAUUCCAUCAAGCAAGCCGCCUAGAACUUCAUUGAACACCUUCUUAUCCCCACGCCCGCAAAAAUCAGCUAGACUAUCUUCUUCUAAUUCCCUAUCAGCGAGGAAGAGACCAAUCUACAUGGGUGCUGGCUUUGGUAACAAUCUAAACAACUCACGGAGGAAAUCAACCAUGGAAUCAAUAGGCAGGUCGAUUGGUGUUGGUCCACCUACACCAAACAAAGACCAAGACACUUCUUUAGCACUAGAUACAGGAAAGAGACGCAGAACCGACGAAUCAAACGCACACUCGAAGGAGCAGCAACAAAAGCAACAAGAUAAUCAUCAAAAAGAUCAACAGAAGUCUCAGAAUACUCCAACAAAGACUACACAUCUCUCUGUCAGUAGAUUCAGCAAACCAACUACUGUCGUCCGGCCCUCACCUCUCCGUCAAGUCCAGACUGCUGAAUCACCAUCCCCUGAGAAAGAGAAAGCUAUUCAUCAAAACACCCCAUCAAAGCCAAGUAGUAGAGCUGCAGAUGCUGUUUUAGGAGUCUUAGGAAAUACCUCCACACCAGCAAAACGUUCAACUGAAACUAUAAACCCAUACCAGAAUAAUAACCCAGUCGCACUCAUUUCAAAAUCACGUACACCUAGACCAUCCAAGCUUAGAAAGAGUGUUGCUUCAUCUGAUAAAGCCACAGAAGAAAAACCUGAGAAGAAGGAAGAAAAAACGAUGACUGCACUUGACUUAAUAGAACAGACUGAUCCAGCUAAAAACAAGAGAAAAGCUCAAGAGGAUGAAAAGAUGGAAGAAAGAAGCCCACAGAAGAGCAAGACAUUUGAAGUUUCUCAACCUAGUGCUUUCACUAGUGCAUUUGGACAAUCACAGCCAAAGACCAAUCCAUUUGAUAUGGGUAUGUCAGAGUCAAAGACGUCGGCUUUCGAGCAACCUGCGAAGAGUACGUUUGAAGGACCAAAACAAACAGAAGCACCUAAACCUGCCUUCAAUUUGUUCUCAACUGCAUUUGAACAGCAAGAAGAGACUCCAAAAGCUACAGAAACUAUAGAAAUUGACAGUGGAAGCGACGAGGAGAAAGCUGAUGAAGAGAUCCAUGAGGAUGUAGUUGAAGAACCAGCUGAAGAACCUGAAGACAAGGAAGAAGAAAUCACUGGUGAGAAGUCACCUGAGGAAUCACCAAAACCAGCAUUCGGAAUACCAUCAUCAGAGGAGAAGGAACCACCAAAGGCAACCCCAUUUACCAACGUAUUCUCACAACCACAAUCGUUACCUGCAAAAGAGAAAGAAAGAUCAGCUUCACCUACAGUAGUAGAUGAGAAAGAUGCAAAGGAUCGAGUAAAGUCUAAGAAAGAAAGCGAUUUACCAAAGUUCACGUUUAAUUCACUUAUGAAUCUUCCAAUGACGAACAUUUCAUCAGAUCUAUCGAAGAAAGUCGACAAUGUUUCUUCAAUUUCAUUCGAAUUUCAACUCGAUAAGCCAACUGAAAGUCCAUCUAUCGCUAUAACACCUGCAUCAAGCAACCCACUUUGGGCAGCUGCUAAGAAAGCGACAGAUGAGAAGAAUUGCAGCGUAUGCAUGUGUAAUUCACCAAAAGAAGCAAGUAAAUGUCAAAUUUGUGAUACACCAUUCUAA